AUGUCUCUUUCUUGCUCGACUUCGCCAGUAGUAAAGCCGAAGCCUCCUAGUGCUACGUCGAUUCCAGCGAUCCUAAAAAUAUUGCAAGAUGAAUGGGACGCAGUGAUGCUUAACUCAUUUACAGUACGAGGACAAUUACAGACAGCGAGACAGGAAUUGUCUCACGCACUUUACCAACACGAUGCGGCUUGUCGUGUUAUUUCAAGAUUAACUAAAGAAGUAACAGCGGCGCGUGAAGCUCUGGCGUCUUUGAAACCACCCAGUGGCAUUACUCAAGCGACAGCAAUUCCACAGCCAGCUAUUGCAGUUGAAGCUGGUGGAAUAGCUGCACAGCCUGUUGAGCAAGCGGGAAUAACCGAGGAUAUUAUUCAUAUACUCCAAGAAAAGGCAACAGUAUUGACACAAGAGCGAAAGCGACGAGGAAGAUCAAUCCCAGAAGAUCUGUUGCCUGCUGAAAGGAUCCGCGAAUUUCAAACGAUUGCAUCACAUCCUAGUCUUCACUCGGCUAGUGUUCCUGGAAUUUUGGCUCUAGACAUUCACGCAUCUGACACCAGCAAAAUUCUGACUGGAGGCGCUGAUAAAAAUGCUACAGUAUUUAACAAAGACACCGAACAAGUGGUGGCUAUUUUGAAAGGACACACCAAGAAAGUUACGAAAGUUGUUUAUCACCCUGAAGAAGAUGUUGUGAUGACCGCAUCACCCGAUACAACAAUACGUAUAUGGAACGUUGGAACAAGCCAAACUACGCUGUUACUCCGCGCUCACGAUGCUUCGGUUACUGGUUUGUCUUUGCAUCCUACUGAACAGUCGAAUGUAGCGAAUUUCCCUGGACAUGUUGGAGAAAUAACUUCAAUAACAUUCUCAGAAAAUGGUUACUACUUGGCGACCUCGGCAGAAGAUUCCUGCGUCAAACUCUGGGAUUUAAGAAAGUUGAAGAACUUCAAGACACUACAGCUCGAUGACGGAUACGACGUUAAAGAUUUGGCUUUCGAUAAAACCGGAACUUACCUAGCUGUUUCUGGUACAGAUGUCAGAGUUUAUUUAUGUAAACAAUGGCAAGAACUAAAAGUAUUUAACGACCAUACGGCUGCCGCAACUGGUGUAAGAUUUGGCAAAAACGCGCAAUACAUUGCGUCCACAAGUAUGGACAGGACAUUAAAAUUGUACGGGCUGUCCUAA